AUGCCUGGAUGGGAAGAAGCGACCGCAGUACAGAAGGUGUCGAACAACACAUAUUCGUGCGUAUUGCACGAUGAUUGGAGCAUUGGCAGUGUACCAAAUGGCGGGUACGUGACCGGCUGUAUUCUCGGGGUUGUCAAGACACACUUCAGCACAUCACUUGCAAAGCAGAACCAGCCACACACCAUCGCUUUGCACGUGGAGUUUUUACGACGGACCCAGGCUGGACCUGCCCUUUUCAAGGUCGAAGAUGUCAAACUUGGCCGACAGACGUCGAUUGUGCAUGUGAGCAUGGAGCAGGAAGGCCGCCAGGAAAUUGUGGCGUAUGUGACAAAUUCAAACAUAACUGCAGAGGAGGGUUUCACCUUCGACACGCAGCACGAGCUUUCGCCGCAGCCUCCUACCGUUGAUCUGGCGAAGCUGGAAACAAACUCAGAUGCGAACUGGAUGUGGUCAGAGGUUCCGUUUGCAAAGUUUCGCAAAGCGACAGCGCAAGUCAGAUUCUUUCUGCCUCGAGCUGGUUCAGUGCGACCAAACAUCGUCGAUGAGUGGCUAUGCUGGUCGAACGGAACAAACUUCACAAACACCUCCGUUGGAUUCGUAGCAGAUAUGUUCCCUCAAAUUGUCGAAAACCUCAAGAACACAGAGAAAGCAUUCUGGUACCCGACCCUACUCCUAAACCUGGACAUUAAGAAAUCAUUGCCCGCUGAAGGAGUCAAAUGGCUCAACGUCCGGGCAGAACUGAAGCAGGUCAAGAACGGAAGGAUGGACCUGGGGAUUUGGGUUCGCGAUGCAGCUGGCGAAUUGGUUGCUUUGAGUAACCAUGUUGGUUUUGUGUUGGAUGCGUCAAGAAACACGGCUGCGAGGAGAAAGCCGGAAGCAAAGAUAUAG